AUGAAAUUAGAUUAUGUUAUAGUGGCGUUAGCAGCUGCUACUUUAUCAGAAGCUGCUCCAAUAAAAAGAGGAAUAAUAGCUGAUUUAUUUGGUCUAGAUUCAACAACAACAACAGCAGUAGCAGCUUCUCCAGCUCCAGUUCCAGUUACAACUGCUGCACCAGCAGUAGCAGUUGCUCAAACCCCAGUCGCCGCUGCACCAGUAGCAACAACUUCAUCUCGUGGAUUUUGGGCAAACUUAUUAAAUGAUUUUACUUCAACUCCAACAACAGCGGCAGCUCAAGUUGCAGCAGCAGUCCCAGCUGCAACAACUCAAGCUCCGGUAGCAGCUGCGGUUACAACUCCAACAGCUCCAGCAGCAACAACAUCUUCAGGUGGUUUUUUUGCAAAUUUAUUAAAUGAUUUUUUCGGAUCAAGUAGUACAACAACGCAAGCUGCUGCUCAAGUCGCCGUAGCAACUCCAGCUCAAACACAAAUAGCUCAAGCAACACAAGCUGUGCAAGCUGCGCAAGCCGCAACUCCAGUUACAACUUCAUCAUCAUCAGGGGAUUAUUCAGCUCAAAGUUUAUUUGCUUUUUUAUUUGGUGGUAAAAGUUCAUCAUCUCCCCAAGUAGUAGCUUCAUCAGCUCAAGUUGCUACACCAGUUGCAACACAAGCAGUUGCUAACCCUGUAGUUUCAAAUUCAGUUGUUGCAAAUUCGAUUGUCACUUCAUCAGCUUUUGGUAUAGAUUCACAAACUUUCCAAGGUGGUUCGCCAGGUAAAUAUACAGGAUCCAUAAAUACAGAAACUGCAACAGCAUCAAAUGGUGGUAGUUCAGCAGGGGCAACAGCUGCUGUAGGAGCUUAUGGUAUCACUUAUUCCCCAUAUUCAAAAUCAGAUCAAUGUAAAAGUGCAUCACAAGUUGCAUCAGAUAUUGCAAAAUUAAAAGACUAUGAAUUAAUAAGAUUAUAUAGUACUGAUUGUUCAGGUAUUGAAAAUGUUUUAGCUUCAAUGACAUCAAAUCAAAAAUUAUAUCUUGGUUUGUGGAAUAUUGAUUCAGCAUCAGUUCAAAGUGGUUUAGCAGAAAUUAAAACAGCUAUAUCAACAAGUUCAAGAGGUUGGGGUGUUGUUCAUACAAUUGCUGUAGGUAAUGAAAGAGUUAAUGCUGGUGCUGCUUCAGUAGCUCAAAUGCAAACAGCUGUUGAUACUGCAAGAUCUUGGUUAAAAACAAAUGCUCCAAAUUAUACUGGUUAUAUUGUAACUGUUGAUACUUUAGUUGCUUAUGUUGCUAACCCUCAAUUAUGUGAAAUGUCAGAUUAUUUAGCAGUUAAUUCACAUCCAUAUUGGGAUGGAGGUGUACAACCAAGCAAUUCAGGUCCAUGGUUAUUGAAUCAAAUUUCAAAUUUACAAAAUGUUUGUGGUUCAUCAAAAGAAGUUUUAAUUACAGAAACUGGUUGGCCAACUCAAGGUGAUAAUUUUGGACAAUGUGUACCAUCAGUACAAAAUCAAGUUGCUGCUAUAAAAUCAAUAAAUCAAAGUUUAGGUUCAAAAGUCAUCAUGUUUACGAUGUACAAUGAUUAUUGGAAAGAUCCUGGUCCAUAUAAUGUUGAACAACAUUGGGGAAUAUUUGGUGAUCCAUCAGUUUAA